AUGCACCGCCCAUCAUAUCCAAGACACACAAUCACCAUCAUGCCGCAAACCCCAGCACAUGUCAGGCAUGUGUAUGGACGAGACGCGCGGAUCUCAUCCUACAAGAAUCAGCUCGUCGAAAUACAGAACCUGUACCGCGACCGUCGAUACAAACAAUGCAUUGCGCUGUGCGAGGAAUUGCAAACACCGGAAGUAUGGCCGUUCCGGAGUCACACUGGAGUUGUAUAUCCUUGGAAGUUUCUAGCUCUAACAACGCGGCAGAUCCAUCCAGUCCUCAAAGUGUACCUCUGGUUCUACAAUGCGAUAUCUCAUGAGUCUAUCGGAUUGAUUGCUCACGACUAUUCGAACAACAAACAACGAUUCCUCGAGCUUGCCAGACAAAAUUUCAAACUGGCUUUGAGCGGCCUGCCUCUCCCUUAUGUGUCUACCGAGACAGGCGGGUACGAUCAACCUGAAUAUUCACCCCUGGCUUCAGUGUUUGCGACGCCAUCGAUCCAACGUGGUUGUCACACGAGCCAUAGCGCCUCACCGUCGAAGAGUGUCACAGUCAUAAUGGUGCCGUCCGCUUCGACUUACAGUGUCUACUCGCCCGAGAGCAUUAUUACUAGCCCACACACCGGGGACAGUGUUGAGCAUUCUCCCGCCCAAGAAGCGGAAUAUCUGACUACACCUUUGACGAAGAAGGGAGAAUUGCAUGCUACUCCAGAGACCAACAGACCUUUACCAUCUUUAAGUCCCGGCACGCACACAUCUCGAUUGAGUCAGAGCCUCAGUCUAGAGCACGAACUGGCCAAAGAGCUCGUUCCAUCGCCUUUGUUCAGCCGUACGCCCAAGCAAGCCCGCCUGACCGAACCAAAUGGCCGGCCACUGCCUCCUCUGCCGUUCAACCACAAGUCCGACUUCGAAGUUCAGGGGUCACGAAUUGUACAAGUCACCGCUGGAAUGAGGAAGACGGCAGUCCAGACUCUUAUUGCGCGGUACGAAGGCGGUUUGCCUCUGACCUCGAGUCCUGGGACGGAGUCAUCACUUGCGUCCCUUCCGAGUUUUCAAACUUCGGCGGACGUCGAUUCUCCCGUGACGCCGCGGUUUAAAGCAAUUGGCGAUGCAUUCACUCCAAACCCAGUCAACGCCCAUCUCGAAGCUUAUCUCUCCUCGCCUGACUUGACACGCUACAACGCCUGCCUGGCAGAUUUUCGGAUGCAGCUGCGCAACCUCAUUUCCUUCCUCGACAGUGAGAUUGCCCGCGUCAACCAGGUGCAGACCGAGCGCGCUGCCACCAAGGCGCUGUCCAAGACCCGGUUUGCCAGUUUCUGGUCUUUUCCAGAUCCUGCUGUUUCUACUUCUGCAGGCAGUAGAUCGAACCGUAGUGGUCGUGGCCGCCGGGGGACUGAUGAAGGAAGAAUAUCCAGUAUAUUUGAUAAACAGACGACCAUUGGCCCCGGGACCAGGAUGCAAGAGAGGAUCGAAAAGCUGCGGAGUGAAGGCUGGCAUGUGCGGAAAGAGAAACACGGUUUCAAAGGGUCACAGUGGUACCAGGAUCUCAGCAUGCGCGUCGAGAGCGAACUUGCUGCUGCGGCGAGGUUGGCGUCUAAAUACUAG